ACCUAGUUACUGGUAUUGAUGGCCUUUGGCAAACAGGCUUUAAUUGUAUACAGCAGUAUAUUUGCUCAGUUUGUUUGAAACUUUACUGAGUGUGCAUGCUGGCCUAGUCUUAACAGGAUUUGAUAGAGAGUAAAAGAACCUUCCUGUGCUGAAUGCGGAUAGAAACUUUCUGCCAUGAAGUGUAAACAGUGAAGUGAUUCCUUGGACUGAAACUAAAGCAGACAACACAAGAAGACAAGAUUGCAGGGACAAAGAUGUUCAGAAUCUGUGUGCUGUAAAUAGGAGAACAGACGGAGACUGUAGUUGUAUUUCCUGGAGGAGGAGGCCUUUGUCUGUGUCCUGUGUGCUCCCAGACAUUCCAGUCACAGUUUUGUUUUCCUGCAUGAGGCUAACGGUGUGUAUAGGGAAGAUACUAAGCUUGGAAAAUUGCAUUUAUAAACCUUCACCAGUUUCUCUAGGACAAGGAACAUAAACUAAUUCGGCAACUUCAGAAAGGCGGGCGAAAUGUUCUGAAACAAAUGGAAGAAAAUGCAUUAAACAUCUUCUUGCCUCCCACAUGACAGUGUCUGAUGCUAACUUGGAGCUCAAGAAUAAAGUCAUAAAGACUGUGAAAGAGAUGGAAAACUUGUCUGAUUGCAUCCAAAAUGGUCUCAGGACCACUCCAAAGACAUUUAGCAAUAUAUUUCAGCUUGGCCAACAGCAAUAUUUGCUAACAGUACCAGAAACCUUUGAGGAUGUUGCUGUCACUUUUUCAAAAGAGGAAUGGAAGCUACUAAGAAAACAAGAUAAGGAGCUGUACAGGGAAGUGAUGGUACAGAACUAUGAAAACUUGGUUUCAUUAGGAUACAAAAUCCCACCAGAGUCGUUAUUAUUGUUAUUAAAAGUUGGUGAUGAGCUACCGAAAGGUGGUAUAUUGGGGAAAGGUCCAACAGAACUGAAGAGUAAGGUUCUAGAUAAUCUCUACAGUAUUGAAAGGACUAAGUGGAGUGCAAGUUACAGUCAGCUGCCGUCGUUUGGGACACCCCAGUCGCAUCUUCCAGCAGAGAACAUGCAUCAGUGUGUUCAGCCUGUGAAGGGCUGUGCCAAGUUUCAUCUCACCUCUGUACCACAACCAGGCACAGGGCAUAACUGCAGCAAGAGCUCUGAAUGUGACAAAAGUCCAAGAACUCACAAGAAGAAACUGUAUAAAUGCACUCGGUGUAGUAAGUGUUUUACACGUCGCCGUAACCUAAAACAACAUUAUGCAGUUCACACGGGAGAGAAAACAUAUAAAUGUGCUGAGUGCAGUAAGUGUUUCGCAUCUCGCAGCAGCCUUCGCCAGCAUCAUACUGUUCACACAGAGAAUAAACCAUACAAGUGUACUGAAUGCAGUAAGUCAUUCACACGUCUGAGUAGUCUUCGAGAGCAUCGUGCAAUCCAUACAGCAGAGAGCCCUUAUAAGUGUACUGAAUGCAGUAAGUGUUUCACACGUCUCAGCAGUCUUCGAGAGCAUCAUUCUGUUCACACAGCAGAGCGGCCGUACAAAUGCUCUGAAUGUGGUAAGUGUUUUACACAAAAGCGACACUUAAAAUAUCAUCAGAAGACACACACAGGAAAUACUCCAUAUAAAUGUUUCGAAUGUGGUAAGUGCUUUGCAUGUCCCAGCUACCUUCAACAGCACCAUGCCACUCACACAGGAGCAAAACCAUAUAAAUGUACUGAGUGCAGUAAGUGUUUUACACGUCUGAGUAGUCUACAAAUUCAUGAAAACCAGCAUACAGGAGAAAAACCGUAUAAAUGUGCUCAGUGCAGUAAGUGUUUUACACGUCGUCGUAACUUAAAACAGCAUUAUGCAACUCACACGGGAGAAAAACCAUUUAAAUGUACUGUAUGCAGUAAGUGUUUCACACGUGUCAGUUACCUUCGACAGCAUCAGGCGAGGCAUGCAUGAAGAAAUGUGAAUAAAAUUCAGUAAGGAAUACUUCAGAAGACUGUAACUAAUAUUGAAAACAGCCUUGACAUCCAGUAAUAAAGGCCAAGCUAUAAACCAGUUUGCUGUUCCUGUUCUAACUUAUAGUUUUGGUGUAGCUGACCAAAUGGGUCCGAAUGGAGUGAUGGUAAAAUCAGCAAGAAUCUUCAUGAGUACUUUCACAAGGUAGACCCUUUUUGUUUGCCAAAUUUAACCAAGACGACACUGCUGUAUAGACUGCAUUUUAUACAGCAUAUAUCUUGGACAGAAGUGGGUUAAAAAAUUAAAAACACAGGUGGGUGCACAGUUCUCACUUUGGUGCCAGGACUGUAAAAAAUGACAGUGUAGAAUCCUUACGACAUGGAAACAUUCUGUAACGGGUUUAGGCCAGGCUCAGGGGGAGGAUGGCCCCCCCCCAUUGUAGAAAGAACUAGUAGACCACAAAAUCUGACAUGCCUAAAAAGAGCCAUAAAGAUGAUAGCGGGGACUGUUAAGAAUAAGGAAGACAUUAUGUAUUGUUACUAUUAUCCAAGAAGCCCAGAAUUUCCAGAUAGAAGGUAUUCAAAAAGACUGAGAGAAAAUAGAUGAAAGAAAACUUCUCUCUCAAGAAAAACGUUCAAAACUCAAAUGCAAGUUUGUAUUCUUUAAUACAACAGAUCCAUGAAAAACAUUAUAUAGACCAAGAAACAUUGUGCCGUUUGGAAAAAGAAGCAAC